AUGGAUCCCUUGGAUGAGACAAGUAGCUUACUACCUAUUAGAAGUUCAAUCGAAGAUGGAGAAGAGGACAAUGGUUUGGAAGAACAGUAUCACGAAUACAAUUUGAGCCUCCCAAAGUUCCCCAUAUUGCUCUCUUUAUGGUUGGGGAGUUUCCUAAGUUCUCUUGAUAGUACAAUUGUGGCCAAUAUAAUGAAUAAAGUGGCAGAGGAAUUUGAAGAAUCCGAUAAGAAACAGUGGAUAGCUACUAGUUUCCUGUUGACAAAUACAGCUUUUCAACCGUUAUAUGGUAAAUUAUCCGAUAUUACGGGAAGGAAAUUCGCUGUGUUAACUUCUCAUUUCUUUUUUGGGUUAGGUUGUUUCUUAACAUGUUUUGCCCAAAAUAUCACUCAAUUUUCAAUUGCUAGAGCUAUCUGUGGGAUUGGUGCUGGUGGUGUUAAUGCUAUGAGCAGUAUCACCGUUAGUGAUAUAUGCUCCACAAGAGAGCGUGGUAUAUACCAAGGAUAUGCAAAUAUUGUUUUUGGUUUGGGGCAGUUAUUAGGCGCUCCACUCGGUGGGUUAUUUAUUGACUCAGUUGGUUGGAGAGUCAUAUUUGGGGUUCAAGUGCCAAUGCUGUUACUAUGUUCAACUUUAGCAACUAGAAAUAUAAACGUCAAGUUGGCACAUAUCCCUCCAAGAAAAGAGCGAUUCACAUGGAAAAACUUGUCCAGAAUUGAUAUAUUUGGGUCCUUAGCACUAGUUGGAACCAUAAGUAGUUUAUUGUUUUUAACAUCGACAACUCUGAACAAAAUCGUCUUAACUCUAUCUAUGAUAGCUUCUUUCAUAUUAUUCAUCUGGAUUGAAUUAUAUUAUGCCAAGGAAAGGAUCCUUCCAUUUGACCUGUUGAAGGGAUCGUUUGGGCUUUGUUCUCUCGUUACAGUUGCUUCAUCAUUCGUGGUUUUUGGAGACAUUUUCAGAUCCCCCAUUUACUUACAAUUAGUUCAAGAUAUCAGUGUAACAAAGACAGGUCUUUUCCUAGUGUUCCCAUCGAUUGCGGUUGCUGGUGGCUCUUUGGUUACUGGAUGGAUUCUCAGACAUACAAAGAAAAAUCUUUCACAUUGUGCCUAUGGUAUCAUAUUAGGCGGUGUCUGUAUUCAGUUAUGUGGGCUUGUCAUUGCAUACUAUUUGAUUAAGAAUCUAAAACCAGCGAUGGUCCAUAUUGAUGAUUCAGCAAUGGCAUUCUUUACCUUUACCCCUAACUCAAUAAUGUGGAAGAUUAUAUAUGCAUUGGCAUUAAUAUUAGUGUCUUACGGAUAUGCAAGUUUGCUAGUAGCGACAUUAGUAAGUAUUGUGUUUACAAUUGAAAAAUCACAACAGGGAACCAUGACCGGUAUUUUCUAUUUAUGGAGGUCAAUUGGGAACGUGUUAGGUGCCUCAUUGACAUUAGUCAUUUAUGAAAAUAGUUUGGCUAAGAAGUUAUGGAACUACAUGUUUGAAACUAAUAAUAAAAAAGAUUCCUAUAUUUUUUCGAAGGAGGAAUAUUAUACCUUAGUACGUGAUUCGAGUUAUUUACGUGCUGCCAAUUUCCCCGCAUUGACAUUGAGAUCAUUGUUAAAUGUUUACCGUGACUCGUUUUUAAUAUCUUACUGGCCAAAUAUUGCGCUUGCCUUUUUAGGGUUGAUAGUUUCUUGGGUAUUAGUAAGAAAGUAUCCUAGAACGACCAAAAUUUGA